AUGGCGUCCAAGGUGAUCUUCUGGCUUGCAGCAGCUACGGCUGCGGUCGGGAGCAUCACGAGUCUUCCUCCUCUCCCGUCUGGUUACAGCUCACCUGGUCUUCCGGCCGGUCGACCAAUUGAGGCAAUUCCGUACAUGGUGGAUAACACCGGUAACACCCACAAUGUUGCCCCUGAUAAAGGAACACUCGAUAAGCCGGUCACAACCAAGGAAGAACGGUUGCGACUGAAGAAGCCGGGCAAUGGCUCCACCGGCUCCGAAGGCCCGGUCACCACCAAGAUCGAGUCGCGGGAGUCAAACUCUCGCCGAGUCUUUGGCCCGGAGAAGCGCCAGGGUGGAAGUUACUGGUUGCAGGACAUUACCCAUGGACAAAUGCCAUUUGCACCCAGUGGAUAUGAAUUCUUCAGAAACGUGAAAGAUUACGGAGCGGUCGGUGAUGGCGUGACUGACGACACAGAAGCGAUCAACAGAGCCGCCUCCCAAUUCAGCAAGUCGGAUGAUACCGAGAGGUGCGGAAAGGAUUGUGGUCAAACGACGACACUUGGAGCCAUGGUCUACUUCCCGCCCGGAACGUAUCUGAUCAGCGCGCCUAUUAUUCAAUAUUACUACACUCAGUUUGUUGGUGAUGCCGCCAACAGACCUACCAUCAAAGGAGCCAAGGACUUUACUGGAAUUGCCCUGAUUGAUUGUGACCCCUAUAUCCCCGAAGGAAAUGGCGCCAAUUGGUACAUCAACCAGAACCAGUUCUUCCGGCAAAUUCGCAACUUCAGACUCGACUUGACGGCAAUGAAUCGCACGAACUAUGACCACGACCAGGAAUACGCUCCUACCGGUAUUCACUGGCAAGUGUCGCAGGCAGCUUCGCUUCAGUACAUCCAUUUCGAGAUGCCCGUAUCUGACGCAGACGGCUCCACAACGGCGGUCGGAAUCUUCAUGGAAAAUGGCUCUGGCGGUUUCUUGAGCGACUUGACCUUCUUCGGCGGCAACAUCGGCUUUCGAGCGGGCUCGCAACAGUACACAGCUCGCAACCUGCAGUUCACGUCCUGCCUCACAGCUAUCUCCAUGAUUUGGGACUGGGGAUUCACGUGGCAAAACAUUUACGUGUACAGCUGUUGGGUUGCUAUUGACUGCACCAGUGUCGGAGGAAUCGGUAACCAGGGAACCGGUUCAAUCACCGUGCUUGACUCUCACUUCAACGGUGUCCCGUACCCCAUCACGCUUCGUAACGGAGGUCCUCACCCCAACAUCGUUUUGGACAAUCUUCUGGUCGAGAAUUCCGCCAGCAUUGUUUUGGUUUCUGGGGGCGAGACGAUUUUCGAAGGUUCCUCAGGUCAGACGUUUUUCACAUCUUGGGCUAUGGGCUCUCGGUGCUCCAGCAAGAGCGGCAAAUGCUCAUACGAGACUGGCCUACUUGAUCCUGCACCAAGAAAGCCACAGAGUCUCCUCGACGGGUCGGGUAACAUCUUUGCCAGAUCCAAGCCCACUUAUACCAACUACAGCCCCUCCAGCUUUGUCGUCGUCACGGCUCAGGGUGUGAAGAACGAUGGCACUGGCGAUCAGGCAGAUGCUAUCAAUAGCAUCCUGAAAAGUGCUGCGGCUGGCGGGCGACCAGUUUUCUUCCCUUCCGGUGUCUAUCUUGUCGAGAAGACUGUUUUCAUACCUGUGGGGUCGAUCAUUAUUGGCGAGGCAUGGUCUCAGAUAAUGGGAACCGGUUCUUUCUUCUCAGACGAGAGCAAGCCUCAACCUGUCAUUCGCGUCGGCAACAUUGGAGAUUCUGGCGUUGUUGAGAUCUCAGACAUGUUGUGGACAGUGAAGGGCGGCACUGCUGGAGCCAUUCUCAUGCAGUGGAACGUCCACGAAAGCACAAAGGGAAGCGCUGCGAUGUGGGACUGUCAUUUUCGUGUGGGCGGUGCUGUUGGAACCGAUCUGAGGAUCGAUGAUUGCCCCAAGUCAACAGGCGAUGCGAAGAAAGACUGCAUCGCCGCCUCCAUGCUGUUUCAUGUCACCGCUCGUGGUUCUGGCUACUUCGAAAACGUCUGGGUCUGGACUGCUGAUCACGACAUGGAUGUUGAGCAUCGCUACAUCGAGGAUGGAAACACGACCACGUCUGCGCAGAUCAACGUCUACACAGCGAGAGGCACUCUCAUUGAGUCGCAAGGCCCAACUUGGCUGUACGGAACGGGAUCAGAGCACCACGUGCUCUACCAAUACCAGAUUCAGAACGCUAAAGACGUCUUCCUCACCCACAUUCAGACUGAGACUCCUUAUUACCAAGCUGGUCCAGAUGCCCUGAAGCCCUUCAAGGUUGGCAGCUGGUCUGGUGACCCCGACUUCGGCGACUGCUCGGAGAAGUACUGCAAGGAGGCAUGGGGCCUCCGAGUUCGCAGCUCUUCCAAUGUCUUGCUGUACACCGCCGGUCUCUACAGCUUCUUCCAGGAAUACGAUCAGGCCUGCCUCGACACAGAAAGUUGCCAGGAAAGACUCGCAGAGACCAGUUUCAGUGAAGGCCUUUGGUUUUACAACAUCUUCACCAAGGGCGGAGUGCAAGUGAUCACUCCUCGCGGUGGAAUCCCUCCAUUGAUGCAGAAGGGCACUGAUCAAGAGGGUUUCACGACGGAAGUAAGUGCCUGGCUUGUUCUUGCGCUUGACGGUGGCGACUUGGGCGGUGACGGUGGAAACCAAGAAUCUGGCUCGGAUGUUGUCUACAUUGACUCCAAGGUCUUCGUCUCACCAAGCCCAACAGUGGCGUGCUGGCCACCUUGCACAUUGGUCUGGCCAUCCUCGACCAUGUCUUCCGCGACGACGAUCAGAUUCGACCCCAUCGACACAACAAUAACGAUCGGAGGCUCGACGGUUACCAAAGUCACUGUGUCUGAAAUCACCACCACGGUGGUCAGUUUCUUUGACCAGACCAUCGAAAAAUAUGAGACGUCGUCGACCUUUGCUCUCGUCCCGAAGUUCAAGCCGCCACCAGUGACGAUCUCCGUCGGCGGCACCACGACGACUGUGACGGUGCGCCCUUUGUCUACUUCGAAGCCGGCAUCAACGACCACCGUAUUCUACUCUCUCGGAACCACGACCACUGUUUCUGGCGGUACGACCUGGACAUACUCCAUUGACCAAAUCACCUCACUGAGCACUUUGGAUGGCUCAACCUCUACCACUGUCACAAUGACGAGGUCGCAAAGCGACGAUGACGAUGACGAUGAUGACGACAUUAUAAUUUUCCCCGUCUGGCUUGGCACCGGAGGCUUCUACUGGUCUCCUGUCUGGCCAACACCGCUUCCCACCCCUCCGCCUAAACCGCCAACGCUGCCGAAACCCCCGCCUGUUCCCACCGUGCCGUGCUUCAAGUUGUUCGGAAUCUUCUCCAUCAUGUGCCCGCCAGACAAGUCCAAACCGACGACAACAUUCAAGACUGGUGCCCCUGAGCCAACUUGCACCGGCAAAUGCGGUACUAAAGAUGAUGGUGACGAUGACGAUGACAAGGAGUCUUCAACGUGCGCUACAGCAACUUCCACCGAGUGCCACAACAACUGCAGAGAGACUCCUUGCCGACGCGUCUGCAACACUUACGUCGGUUGUAGCUGUCCCACACAGACCGUCACGAACCAUUGGGUGUCUUGUUCGUCCACCUCUUGCACGACAACCAGCAGUAACGUUGUCACGGGCUGCUAUGAGACGGGCAAGGCGACUACUACAGGAGACUACUGUCCACUUGCGACUGCCGAUCCCAAUGAGGACCAAGGAACAGACGGGAAGAGACCCAAUCCCAGUGUUGGUACCGUUACCAAGCCACCUGUGGUCAUCAUUGGCGACAACGCGUAUCCCGUCACCUCAGGCUCGGUCUACAUUUCUGGAACUUGGUAUGGUGCCCCCUCGGUCGGUUCGGGAUCAACAAUCACCACCACCAUCAACGGUCAACCAGCUACUGUCUAUCCCGGUACUACCAGCCGAGGCGUCAUCAUCAGCACUCCUCCCAACUCGGGCCCAACUCCUCCACCGAACAACCCUGGCCCCUCCCCAACAACUACAGCCGGAGGAGGAGGAGGAGGAAGCACCCCUGCCAAGCCAACUGCCUACCUCGAGGCAGCUUUCGGACAGUACUGGCCAAGCAAUGUGCUGUUCCCGGAUAACAAAUUCCGGUUCUAUGGCCACAAGUACGGCGACAACUACGAUGUGUGCGACGCCACAGCGCUAUUCUUCGUCGACGGAGAUGUUAACACUGCUAACACACCGUACCCUGAUGGAUCGUUCAAGAUACCUUCGUUCGAAGGCAACAACGAUUGCGUGUAUGUGGGAAAGAGAGACGCUGCGGGCACUCUGAACUGCGCUGGCUUCAAGAGCCCGGUCAAGUGCUUUGACAACUUCUAUGAGCGCCUGUGCUACGAAACGUCGGCUCCGAUUCAGAUCUGGUUCAAGGCUAGAUGCGAAUGGGGCCCCGAUCAAAUGAGUUCAUCUCCCCGGCUCCCGUCUGAUCCUGGAAGCGGUCUUCAACCCGGUGUGGGCGGUGGCUGCGGCUGGAGUACAAGCGAGAAGGGUAAGGUUGAAGAGGAGUGUCCAGUGAGACCGACUACCUCGUCUUGA